AUGGAGUCGAUGGACGCGAAAAUCGUGCUGCUGGGCGCCCAGGGAGUGGGCAAAACGUGUUUUGUGACCCGCUACGUCAACAACAAGUUCCAGGCCGGGCAGGCAUCGACCAUCGGGGCCUCCUUCUCGCGCAAACGGGUGGUGGUCAACGACACGACGGUGCGGCUGCAAAUAUGGGACACGGCGGGGCAGGAGCGAUUCCGAAGCAUGGCCCCCAUCUACUACCGAAGCGCCAGCUGUGGGAUUCUUUGCUACGACGUGACGAGCCGCGCGUCGUUCGACGCCAUGCAUCUGUGGCUGCUGGAGCUCAAACAGAACCUGUCGUCAGACAUCAUCAUACACAUUGUGGGCACCAAGGUGGACCUGGUCAAGGACGAGCCCAGCUUACGCGAGGUGCCGUUCGAGCAGUGCGUGGAAUACGCAUCCGAAUGGCUACAGGACGAUUCGUGCUGCCACGAAAUCUCCGCCAAAGACGACGAGGGGGUGGAGGAGGUAUUUGAGGUGAUCAUCACAAAGCUGCUGGACAAGCGGGAGGCCGACGAGCAGCAGAAACACAACAGCCAGAGACAGAGACAGAGUGUGGUCUAUUUGCAUACAGACGAAGACGAACAGAAGAGUAGUUGUUGUUGA